GACAUGGAGAAUAAAGAAACCCUCAGGGGGUUGCAGAAGAUGGAUGACCGCCCAGAAGAGCGCAUGAUCAGGGAGAAACUCAAGGCAACGUGUAUGCCAGCCUGGAAGCAUGAAUGGCUGGAAAGAAGAAGCAGGAGAGGCCCUGUGGUGGUGAAACCUAUCCCUGGGAAAGGAGAUGGGUCAGAAAUGAACAAACUCUCUCUAGAACCUCAAGCUGAAGGACAAAGCACUGCUUCUUCACCUACACAGAAAGGAAGACGUAGUCCUUCUCCUAGUAGCUCCUCUUCAUCAUCUUCUAGGACGGUUAAAUCUGAGUCACCAGGUGUUAGAAGAAAAAGAAUAUCUCCAGUGCCUUUUCAGAGUGGACGAAUAACACCACCUCGACGAGCCCCAUCUCCAGAUGGCUUCUCUCCGUACAGCCCUGAGGAAACAAAUCGUCGUGUCAACAAAGUUAUGCGAGCCAGGCUGUACUUGCUGCAGCAGAUAGGACCCAACUCUUUCUUAAUUGGAGGAGACAGCCCUGAUAAUAAAUACAGAGUGUUUAUUGGGCCUCAGACUUGUAGCUGUGGCCGUGGGACAUUUUGUAUUCAUCUGCUGUUUGUUAUGCUGCGGGUGUUCCAGCUUGAACCCUCAGACCCAAUGCUCUGGAGAAAGACACUGAAGAACUUUGAGGUUGAGAGUUUGUUCCAGAAAUAUCACAGUAGGCGUAGCUCGAGGAUCAAAGCUCCAUCUCGUAACACCAUACAGAAGUUUGUCUCACGCAUGUCAAAUUCUCAUACAUUGUCAUCAUCUAGUACUUCUACAUCUAGUUCAGAAAACAGUAUGAAGGAUGAAGAAGAACAGAUGUGCCCCAUUUGUUUGUUAGGCAUGCUGGAUGAAGAGAGCCUAACUGUGUGUGAGGAUGGCUGCAGGAACAAACUACACCACCACUGCAUGUCAAUAUGGGCAGAAGAAUGCAGAAGAAACAGAGAGCCACUUAUCUGUCCUCUUUGUAGAUCUAAAUGGAGAUCUCAUGAUUUCUAUAGUCAUGAAUUGUUAAGCCCUGUGGAUUCUUCUGUUCUCCGUGUGGUUCAGCAACAAACUCAGCAGCAAUCUACAGCUGCAUCACAGAGAAGAACCCAAGAGAGCAAUUUUAACCUUACUCAUUAUGGGGUCCAGCAGAUCCCUUCUGCCUAUAAAGAUUUAGCUGAGCCAUGGAUUCAGGUAUUUGGAAUGGAGUUAGUUGGCUGCGAAAGCACUGGAAAUUCUGGAAGUAGCAAUGGAAACAACACAAGUGCUGGAGCUUUGGGAGCAGUUAGUGGGUCAUCUCAGACCAGUAUCUCAGGAGAUGUGGUGGUGGAAUCCUGCUGCAGUGUGCUGUCCAUGGUCUGUGCUGACCCUGUCUACAAAGUGUAUGUUGCUGCUUUAAAAACUUUAAGAGCCAUGCUGGUAUAUACUCCCUGUCAUACUUUGGCAGAGAGGACUAAACUACAGCGACUUCUCAAGCCAGUUGUAGAGACAAUAUUAGUUAAAUGUGCAGAUGCCAACAGUCGAACAAGUCAACUUUCAGUCUCAACGCUAUUGGAGAUGUGUAAAGGCCAAGCAGGCGAGCUGGCAGUUGGGAGAGAAAUACUUAAAUCUGGGUCCAUUGGUAUUGGUGGUGUUGAUUAUGUCUUAAAUUGUAUUCUCGGAACCCAAACUGAAUCUAGCAACUGGCAAGCGCUACUGGGGCGACUUUGUCUAAUAGACAGACUUCUGUUGGAAUUCCCUGGUGAAUUUUAUCCCCACAUUGUCUGUGGAGAUGUUUUACAGGCUGAUACCAUAGUAGACAGGUAUAAGAAACUUCUCUCCCUCUUAACUUUCGCCUUGCAGUCAAUUGACAAUUCCCACUCAAUGGUUGGGAAACUGUCACGGAGGGUAUUUUUGAGCGCAGCAAGAAUGGUGGCAAGAGUGCCCCAUGUUUUUGUAAAGCUGUUAGAAAUGUUGAGUGUGACAAGCUCAACUCAUUAUACAAGGAUGCGUCGACGUCUGAUGGCAAUAGCAGAUGAAAUGGAAAUUGCAGAAGCCAUCCAGCUAGGCAUGGAAGAAAUGCACUCUGGGGAUUGUCGACAUGAAGACUUUUUGCAGCUACCUGUACCAGAUAACUCUCCAGAAGCUACAGAAAGUAAUACUCCUAACAAUACUGUCCAGUUAUCAGGGAAAAGCGGGAAAGGUUUAAGUGAUAAACUGAGUGCCAGUCCAGAGGACAUUUCUGAGACGCUGGCUGGCCUUGCUGUGGGACUUCCUCUUUCAUCAGUAACCACUGAGCAACCAAAGCCAGCCAUUCAAACAAAAGGAAAACCCCACAGUCAGUGUCUGAACUCUUCUCCCCCAUCCAGUCAUUCCCAGUCACUAUUCCCAAUGCUUCUGUCUCCUUCAAACCCAUCUGUACCAGCUGGCACUGUAACAGAUGUCUCUAAACUCAGACCUCAGGGAUUCAUUCCCUGCAAAAUCCCCUCACCUUCUCCUCAAACACAGCGGAAACUUUCUCUCCAGUGUCAGAGAAACUGUUCCGAAAAUAAAGACCCAGAGAAACUUUCUCCAGUUUUCACCCAAGCCAGGCCAUUGCCAUCCAAUCACAUACACAGGCCAAAGCCAUCACGACCCACCCCAAGUGAUGUGAACAAGCAGGCAGAAACGUUAAAGAACAGUAUGACACUUGACCUGAAUGAUAUUUCACAGUGUGAUGGCAAUAGUAGUAGUAGCAGCAGUGCAGUUAUACCAAGUGAUGAGACAGUGUUCACCCCAGUAGAUGAAAAAUGUCGAUUGGAUGUUAAUGCAGAGCUCAAUUCCAGUAUUGAGGACCUACUCGAGGCCUCCAUGCCCACGAGUGAUGGCACAGUUACAUUCAAGUCUGAAGUUGCUGUUCUUUCUCCUGAGCGGGCAGAAAAUGAUGAUACUUACAAAGAUGAUGUAAAUCAUAAUCAAAAAUGCAAGGAAAAGAUGGAAGGAUGUAGUAAUAUAGAGGAGGCUCUCUGUUCUUACAUACAUAAACAUGGAAUUGAUUUGGAAUUUAAUUUGCAGACACCAGAAACCCUGCCUGGACAUACCAAAGCAAAACACCAUUACAGAGAAGAUGCAGAAUGGCUUAAAGGUCAGCAAAUUGGUCUUGGAGCUUUCUCUUCCUGUUACCAAGCUCAAGAUGUAGGAACGGGGACAUUAAUGGCUGUAAAGCAGGUGACAUAUGUCAGGAACACAUCAUCUGAGCAAGAAGAGGUAGUUGAAGCACUGAGAGAAGAAAUAAGGAUGAUGAGUCAUCUGAACCAUCCUAACAUUAUUCGAAUGUUGGGUGCUACAUGUGAGAAGAGCAACUAUAACCUCUUUAUUGAAUGGAUGGCAGGGGGUUCAGUUGCUCACUUGUUAAGUAAAUACGGAGCCUUCAAAGAAUCGGUUAUUAUUAAUUACACAGAACAACUGUUACGUGGCCUUUCUUACCUCCAUGAGAAUCAGAUAAUCCAUAGAGAUGUUAAAGGUGCCAAUUUGCUAAUUGACAGCACAGGUCAUAGAUUAAGAAUUGCUGAUUUUGGAGCUGCAGCCAGGUUGGCAUCAAAAGGAACUGGUGCUGGGGAGUUUCAGGGACAGUUGUUGGGAACUAUUGCAUUUAUGGCACCAGAGGUUCUGAGAGGUCAGCAAUAUGGUAGGAGCUGUGAUGUGUGGAGCGUUGGCUGUGUUGUUAUAGAAAUGGCUUGUGCUAAACCUCCCUGGAAUGCAGAGAAACACUCCAAUCAUCUUGCUCUGAUAUUUAAGAUUGCUAGUGCAACUACAGCUCCAUCAAUCCCUACACAUCUGUCUCCUGGCUUGAAAGAUGUGACUCUUCGGUGUUUAGAACUUCAACCUCAGGACAGACCCCCAUCAAGGGAGCUGCUGAAACACCCAGUCUUCCGUACUACAUGGUAGCUACUUAUGUAUAAGGCUGAUAUACUGAAGAAGAUGCUACUGAAUAUACAAUAACUGUCCUGCAGUGCAGUUAAGCACAGCAAAUUGUAUUAUUCUGCUGGCCUUAAAAUAGAUAGAUCAAGGACUUAAGGCCAGUGGAGGACCCUACCUAAGUAUGUGAUUGACAAAUCGAGAUCUUUACCUAAGCUCAGUAUGCAACAUUUCACAACUUGUGCAGAGAUUUGUAAGCUGUGCCUUUUCAAACAUCUGGCUCUAUGUGAAUACAAAUUUUUUCCUUAAAUCUGCACGAUUAUUUAGCAGAUAAGCGAUUUUUAUUUUAUUUGGAGCACUUUUUCAGCAAUAUUAGCAGCUGAGGGGCUCAGGAUCUAUUUUAAUAUAGCAAUCACUGUUCCAUUUUGCAUCAUGUAGAUGUAAGCAGAGGGUUCUGCAAUUAG